GGCUUAGAGAUGACCGUGAGCAGUUAGCUGCUGCCCUUCCACAGGAAUUGACCGAAACUCUGUCAACACUGAAACUUCGUAGGCUCGGCCGUCCGGCAGGUAGUAGACCCCGACCGCUGCUAAUAGAAACACCCUCUGAGGCGGUUGCUAAAUCAUUAUGGAGAGCAAAUUCCAAUAUGUCUAAUAUUAAAUUCAAACCUGACCUAACACUAGCUCAACGAGAUCAUCUAACUGCGUUACGCAACGAGCUCAGUGUAUCAGACCAGAAGGACAGUAAGACGAUUAAAUACAUUGAUGGCAUCCCAAGGUUGGUGGACAAACCGAAGCCGCACACGCGCAAGCGAGCAGACAGAGCGCCAAAAAACUAAUAAUUUACUAUCAGAAUACAAGGGGGUUGCGGACAAAGCUUAAGGAUUUCUUAACCUCCACCGCAAGCCUCGAAGCAGAUGUUAUAUGUGUCAGCGAAUCGUGGUUGCACUCGUCUAUCUCGGACGGCGAAGUUAUCGAUGGUACAUAUGCUAUUUUUAGAAAGGAUAGGGAUCAACUAACAAGCAGCUACGACCGUGGUGGAGGUGUAUUCAUAGCAGUCAGGAGGGGUAUCCGUGCUGAACUGGUGGCAACAGUCCACGAUCACAUAGAGCAAGUGCUAGUAAAAAUUAGGGGUCUAAAAUGUGACCUAAUCAUAGGAUGUGUAUAUAUCCCACCUUAUUCACAACCGGAGACGUACAAAGCCCACUUGGAAACAGUGUCUUAUAUCAAUGCAACGAACGCGAAUUGUAAACUACUAAUCAUUGGCGAUUAUAACUUUCCUAGUAGCUCGAGCCCUGAAAAUUGUGAAAUUCUCACCCACACAGAAUAUAUUCUUAGUGGAUGUCAACAAGCCAACAAAGUGCCAAAUUUCAAAGGCCAGUCAUUGGAUCUUUGUUUCAGCAACAUCGAAGUAACGGUUGAAAGAACUGAUCCUGUUGUCACUGAGGACGGAUACCACCCUGCCUUGAGUGUGAACGUUCAUUUCCAAUCAAAUCUGAAUGUGACCACCCCCAAAACAUAUUUAUUUAAACAAGCUGACUAUCCGGGACUCAAUCAUUUCUUCUCAAACAUAAACUGGAUAGACCUUUACAAGCUUGAUACGAUCGAUGAAAAAGUUAACCUAUUUUAUACACUAGUCUUUGAAGGUAUCGCGCGGUUUGUUCCAGUAGUUCGCAGGAGAAACAAUGAAUUCCCUAUCUGGUUUACUAAGCAAUUGAUAACAAAAAUUAAACUUAAAAAGGCUGCUCACGCUUUUUAUAAGAAGAAUAACUCAAGCGUUAGUUAUAGCAGGUUUCGUGCUCUACGGCUCGAGUGUAAAACCAUCAGUGCAGCCUGUUAUAAGGAAUACGUCGCUAGGGUGGAAAGCAGUAUCAACACAGAUGCAAACAAGUUCUGGAGCUAUAUUAAAAAUAAACGGCGAAAUUGCAUUGAUAUUCCAACAACUGUAACAUGGGAAAGUACGUCAGCAAGUAAUGAAGAAGUAAGUAACCUAUUUGCUUCGUAUUUCAAAAGUAUAUAUACCCACCGUCCAUGGCCGGGUAAUAUUGGCAUAGACACAUCACAUCUGACAGGAAGUGACGCUGAUUUAAACAACUUUGACACCUGCUAUAACGAUGUCUUUACACAGCUCUUAAAACUAAAUGCUCGAAAAGGGGCAGGCCCAGAUGGGUUGCCAAACGUGUUUUUGAAAAACUGUGCUUUUAGCCUUUGCGAACCAAUAUGUCACAUCUUCAGCAAAUCCCUUCAAACAGGGAUCUUCCCCUCUGCCUGGAAGGUAGCUUAUAUUAGCCCUAUUCAUAAGUCCGGCCCGAGAUCAAAUGUCUGUAAUUAUCGACCAAUAUGCAUUCAGUCAUCGCUGGCUAAGCUACUGGAGAAAAUGGUACUACCCCGUAUGACCUUUGCUUUCAAAAACAUUAUAACUACCAGGCAACACGGAUUCAUUGGUGGCAGGUCAACGGCCACUAACCUGUAUCAGUAUAUUAAUUACGCUUUGGACGCAAUGGGCGACAGCAAAGAUGUCCAUGCAAUUUAUACGGAUUUCAGCAAGGCUUUUGACAUGGUGGACCAUGGCAUACUAAUCCAGAAACUUGGCUCUUAUGGAGUAAAAGGGAACGCUUUGGAAUGGUUUCGAUCCUACCUGUGUAAUAGGCAUCUGCAAGUCAGAGUUAAUUGCCACAUAUCGAGCAGUUUUGUUACAACAUCAGGGGUGCCACAAGGGUCACACUUGGGCCCAAUUCUGUUUAAUAUCUUUGUGAAUGACAUAGUACAGAUGACAUGAGUAAAUUACAGAAUGAUAUCAAUAGCCUAAGUGUCUGGUGCACAUCAAAUAAGCUUAGUCUAAACAUAAGUAAAUGUGUUGUCAUGUCAUUUUCACGUUCGCAUAAGCCACACCCACCCGUAUACUGGUUGAACGGCCAAAAGCUGCAGGUGGUCACCACUAUCAAGGACCUUGGAGUAACGGUUGACAACGAGUUGAACUUUGCUAAUCACAUUAACGACAUAUCGCUACGUGCACAUAGAGUGUUGGGCCUCAUUAUUAGGUCUGGCAGAGAUUUCCGCGACCCAUACACACUCAUACGCCUGUUUGAUGCAUUGGUUAAACCUAUACUCGUAUAUUGCAAUAUUGUCUGGGCGCCUUCCUCUGACCAGCUUGUAAACCGACUGGAAUCUACUCAGCGUAAGUUCUGUAAAUACUUAUCCUGGUUUUCAAACUCAGUGGCAGCAGAGAUGAGCACGGAUGAUGUCUAUAACUACUUCAAAAUUAACAGCCUGUCGUGUGGAAGGCAGGCUUGUGACCUGCUUUUCUUUUAUAAACUUGUUAACGGCAUCGUUAUCUCACCUGAGAUUUUAGCUCAAUUUUCUCUCAUUUGUCCAAGAGCAGGCCUCCGACAUAAUCGACUACUUGAAAUUAAAAAGACCACAAAGAACUACGUGUGGAAUGGACCCAGAAGCAGAAUCGCUAGAUUAGUCAACGAACACAGCUCAACAUUGAACUUUUUCGGUGGAUCUUACAACCAGUUCACGAAAAAUGUAAAGGAUCAACUCUAUAAUCAUCGAUAACCCCACUUUAAAAAUAGCAGAUAUAACGAAUCCUGCUUGAAUUCAUAUUUUAAAAGUCCGAAACAUAUUGUUCUUAUCUGUUUUAUUCUUUUAUACUUUUCAUGUGUGAUUGUUUUUAAGCGUAAAGCCGUUUGGCGUUAAGCGUUAAGCAUAAAUAAAUAAAUAAAAAA